GGCCGACGCCCAUAAAGGAAACGAACCACGGCGGCUUACCGGUUUAGCCGGUCAGACCCCAGCGUUCCCCAUCUUCUAUAUAUACAAAACCGAACCUCGCUUCUCCUGGGGUUUCUGGAGGCGCGUCAAAAGGGCAAAAAAACCCUGAGAGCCCGGUGGAGAGAAAGAAACCGCCGCGAAAAUAAAAAAAAAACCGAUUGAAUGGCAUCUGAGGCGGAGAUUAUACUCCCGAUUGGUACCCAAAAGCACGAUCCGGCUUGGAAGCACUGCUUGAUGAUCCGGUCAGGUGACCGGACGAAGCUGAAAUGCAUGUACUGCAUGAAGCCAUUUAGCGGCGGCGGGAUCCACCGAAUCAAAGAACAUCUCGCCCGGCACAAAGGAAACGCUUCGUGCUGCCCCCGCGUCCCGCCGGAGGUCCAGGUUGCGAUGCAGCAGAGCUUGGAGGGCGCAGCGGUGAGAAAGAACAAGAAGGUUAAGCUUGCUGAAGAGGCGAACAAGGUUUGCUCGAGUAGCAAUCAGGCAGAAGGGGGUCAAGCGGAUGUCGGGCUGCAAAUGAUCCCGCUACCUGAAAUGCUUCAUGACAUUCCUCCUCUGCAGGUGGAGGUGAGAGAGGAGGGUAUGCCCAAAGAGAGAGGGAGGAAGAAGAGAGCAAGAUAUACUUCUCCUCCACCGCCGCCGCCACCUUUUCCCACUGCAUUGGAGGUUGGCGUGCCUAUCAAGUCCUAUCUGGGAGCCCCUGUCGAUAAGGAUCAUGUCUAUAUGGCAAUUGGGCGGUUUCUCUACGAGGCUGGGGUGCCUAUGGAUGCAGUUAAUUCCGUGUAUUUCCAGCCGAUGUUGGAUGCGAUUGCGUCGGCCGGGCCAGGGUACGAAAUGUUCUCGUAUCAUGAUUUCCGUGGUUGGAUUUUGAAGAGAUCGAUCGAAGAAGCGAAUAACAAGUUGCUGCGUUUAAAGGGGAUGUGGAGUCGGACUGGAUGUUCCAUACUGGCCGAUGAAUGGACCACCGAGACCGGUAAAACCCUGAUCAAUUUUUUGGUGUAUUGUCCCGAAGGAACGGUGUUGUUGAAGUCGGUUGAUGCAUCACAUAUUGUUACUUCUGCUGAUACGCUCUAUGAGUUGCUUAAGUAUGUGGUGGAAGAAGUUGGUGCGGCAGAUGUAGUACAAGUGAUCACAAACAACACUGAGAACCAUGUUGUUGCAGGGAAAAGUUUGACCGAAACGUUUCCUACCUUGUUUUGGACGCCAUGCGCUUCACAGUGCAUAGAUGCAAUGCUCGAGGAUAUCGGGAAGUUGGAGGCAAUAAGCGAGAUCGUUGAGAAUGCAAAAACUGUUACAGGGUUUAUCUACAACCAUGCGAUUGUCUUGAAUAUGAUGAGGAAGUAUACAAGUGGGAGAGAUCUGAUAAUCCCAAGCAACACCCGUGCUUCCAUGAAUUUCGUCGCAUUGAAGAGCAUGGCUUGUUUGAAAGAGGAUUUGAGUGCCAUGGUCAGCUCGGAGGAGUGGAUGGAGUGCCCAUAUUCGAAGAAGCCUGGCGGCGUUGCUAUGACUAAUCUUGUUGGCAGUUUAGAAUUUUGGUCUUCUUGUGCUGCAAUUGUUCGCAUAACGGAGCCGCUGGUUCGAGUUCUUAAAUUAGUUGAAAGCAACAAGAGGCCUGCAAUGGGUUAUAUUUCUGUGGCUAUGCAUCAAGUUAAACAAGCAAUUAAGAUGGAACUGGUGAAGAUCAGUGACUACAUACCUUACUGGGAUAUCAUUGAUUGGAGGUGGGACAGGCAACUGCCUUGUCCUCUUCAUGCAGCAGGUUUCUUCCUCAACCCUCAGUUCUUCUACAGCAUCCAGGGAGAAGUUUCCAAUAAGGUCUUAUCAGGCAUGCUCGAUUGUAUAGAAAGAUUAGUGCCUGAGACAAAAGUCCAAGACAAAAUCCAAAAGGAGCUUGCCUUGUAUAAAAGUGCUGCAGGGGACCUUGGAAGGAAGAUGGCUGUCAGAGCAAGACAUACUUCACUUCCUGCUGAAUGGUGGUCCACAUACGGAGGAGGUUGCCCGAAUCUGAUGCGUUUGGCUGUGCGCAUUCUCAGUCAAACUUGCAGUGCAAGGGGAUGUGACCGAAUACACAUUCCUUUCGAACAAAUUCAUAACCAAAGAAUGAACUAUUUGGAACAUCAGCGACUCUGUGACCUCAUUUUUGUCCGUUAUAACUUGCGUUUGCAGCAAAGGCAACUUUUAAAGACCAGACCAUUUGAUCCUAUCUCUGUUGACAACAUUGACACUGUCGAUGACUGGAUUGUAGAGAAGGGUGAACUGCUCUCUGGGGCUGAUGAAGAUCCCAACUGGAUGGCAUUAAACCCACCGUUAGCUAGUGGAGUGCUUUCAGCAAAUUCUGAUGAUUUAGAAGUUGAAGCCUUCAUUGCAGGACUCGAUGAUGAGGUGAUCCGAGGUGCUGGUCAAGAUGCAGAGGAUGAUGAUGGCAUCAAAGAGGAAGAUGAGAGCCAUGAUGGUACUUCUUUUACAUGUAAUGGAGGGUCAUAGAAUAAAGGGAUGAUGGCUCCAUUUCGAUGUUUUUUCUUUGUUUUUCUAAGGAUAGCAUGAUUAUUAUUUAUGAGCUAUUUUGCAUUCAAUUUGGCCAGCUAAUUAGAAAAGAUAUUGUAGAUUUGUAGUCUACUAGUCUGUAGAUGCUUAUGAAUUUGAAUGUGUAGCCUGAACUUGCAAAUUUAUGACAACGCUACUUUCAUCUAUUUG